GUCGCGAGGCCUCGCUUUACGGCAGCAAGUUCCACUCGCGCGACGACUCCAGAGAGGUCGUCUUGGGCUGUCUUUCCGCGCCGGCCUCGAGGCAGGAAGGAAGGAGCGCGCGGCGGCGGGCUGAGAGGAAGCUGACGGAGAGGGCCGUCCUCCGCCUCCAUGGAGGGGGGCGCCGGGAACACCAAGAACUCCGGCCUCGGAGGCCUCUUCGGCGCCGGGGGAGUCGGCGGGCCGGGCUAUUCCCACGCGGACCUGGCCGGCGUGCCUCUGACUGGAAUGAACCCUUUGUCUCCUUAUUUGAAUGUGGAUCCCAGAUACCUUGUACAGGAUACAGAUGAAUUCAUAUUACCCACUGGAGCUAGCAAAACUAGGGGCAGGUUUGAGCUGGCCUUCUUUACAAUUGGAGGAUGUUGCAUGACAGGAGCUGCAUUUGGUGCACUGAAUGGGCUGCGGUUAGGUUUGAAGGAGACUCAAAGCAUGGCUUGGUCCAAACCUAGAAAUGUACAGAUUUUAAAUAUGGUGACAAGACAAGGGGCAUCGUGGGCUAACACCCUUGGGUCUUUAGCACUCCUAUAUAGCGCUUUUGGAGUUAUUAUUGAAAAAACACGAGGCGCAGAAGAUGAUCUCAAUACAGUUGCUGCUGGGACCAUGACAGGGAUGCUAUAUAAAAGUACAGGUGGACUACGUGGGAUAGCAAGAGGUGGCAUGACAGGACUGAUUCUCACCAGCCUCUAUGCUCUCUAUAACAACUGGGAGCAUAUGCGGGGCUCAGUGCAUAGGCAGUCACUUUGAGCAGAACUGCAUAACCACUCAUGUAGUGCAAUAAGACUUGAACCCUUUCAGUACAGCACGGAAUAAAACAAAACCAAAUAGACUGCAGAAUCUUAUUGCGAUCACAUAGUUAUCAAGACUUUUGGAUCCUCUCCGUUGGCAGUUGGUGAUGCGUGCUGUAUUACCAGUGAGGGUGAAGAUCUUGGCUCUACAGCAUGUCCACUAUUGCUCUGGCCAGAAAUUGUUGUACUUUACCUUGGGUCAUGUAAACAUCUGUCCUGUAUAAUCAGGUUUGUGUACCAAUGCCAUUGCUUGACUUAAAUCUAAUAAAGUUUGUGUACCUAUGCUAA